CAAUCCGACCCGACCUGCGGUCCUCGGCCGGCGGCUCGGCUUCCUCGUCUCGCUGCCCCUCACUACCACGCAACCAGUAAAAACCUCUCACCCCCGAACCCCUCCGCCGCCGACGCCGCCGCCGUGGCCAAGGAGCGCGAAAGGGACGCGACCUAUCCCUCGGACCUCGGACGCGGCUCCAGAUCUCCGCCGCCGCCCGCUUCUCUUCCAUGGAGGCGAGAUCCUCGUCCUCUGCGGCCGCCGUGCCGCCGCCCCCCUCCAUACCCUCGUCCAGCGACCAGGGCGUCUGGGCUGACGUCUCGCCGCUCCUCGCCGCCGCUUGCUGUGAUCUCCAGGAUGGGGAACUUGUACAUGGAGAAAACUUUAGUCUAUUUGCUGCAAUGUCUGCAUUGGAAAUAAUGGAUCCAAAAAUGGAUUCUGGAAUUGAGAGAAGUCGAUACAACUCCGUUGAAGAGGCCAUAGAAGAUGGUGUUGCACCAAUCCCACUUAGCUUGGACAGGACACUUGAUGUUCAACGCUCUAUUGAUGUCAUGGAUCAUCUUUUCUCAUGUGAGGCAACAUGGCACAAGGGGCACACUCUAGCUCAGACUGUAUUUACAUGUAUCUACCUUAUGAGAAUGGAGAGAACUUCAUCGCAUGCUGUACUAAAUAGCUUUUGCAGGAUUUUGCGUGCUACUUGUAAUGCUGUCAUUUCUGUUGUUUCUACUGCCCGAACUCAUGAGGAAGAGGAUCUCUUUACUAUGUCUUUUGGGCUGCCUUUGAGAGAUGAAGGUGAUGAAAAGUGCCUGUCAAUUCUAAACUCGGUUGAAGAGACAAUAUCUCGUCAAUUACGUGCAUGUAAAGCCCAGGCAUUGUCCAAGAAAAAAACACUAGAAGGUCUUGAAUCCCUGCAGGAUAAUCCUGAUCUGGAAGAGGAUUACUGCAGAGCUCUGUUAUGCAGAUUACGUUUUCGUAAGCAUUUCUACCAUGUUGUUAUGUGCAUGAGGAAACCUCAUGGAAGAGGAUUGGAGUUGGCCCGGAAGCAUGUUGCUUCAUGCUUGACAGAGCUUAAUUUGAUGCUUAAGUCUCGGGAGUUUCUCAAGUCCCAGUCCAGCACUACGUUACAGCAAGGUGAUGGAAACUGCACCACUGCUUCUGGUUGUCAACCUGUUGGCUUUGAUGUUAGCUUAAACAGCAGACUUUUGAGUCCCACACCACCACGUGCGGUAAAAGUACUUAGCUGGAGCGAUGCCAUCAGGUACUUUGAGAGGCUUCUGCAUGAUCUUGAUGUCAUCUGCACUUCGUCGCUCGAUCCUGUGCUUGAGAAUGUGCUUUACUUUAUUGUACAGUUCCAAAAAACAGUGCCAGAUUUGGUUCCUAGAGCAUUUCUUCAGACUUUAUUGGUCCAAGAUGGCAAACUUUAUGGUGAACACUUGUUUUCUGAUGUCAUUUCAAGGGCUUUAUCACUACCGGACAUUAUUGGAGAUAAGGAAUUUCAGAUGAAUGAGUUUGUUGUGCAGCUAGGUCAGUUAGUUGUCAACUUGAUAAAAAUUCUUUGUACAAACACUGCAUGGCAACGGCGCAAGCUUGGGAAGAGUUUACAGGAUUGGAGUACUAUUUCCAUACAGUUGGAGCUUGCUCUGAAAAGAGAGUUCGGUGAAACUAGAAAUGUCUUGCAGAAUGAGAAUAUGUGCAUGAGAGUAUCAAAGCAACUUCUUAUUUGGACUCAGGAGCAUGCAUACUGGGUUGCUUUUCGGUUUCUCACAUUGGGUUUCGAACUUGACCUAUAUUCUCCAGGCGAAUAUUGUAUGGUGUACUGGUACAUGUAUGUGGUGCUUACAAAGCUAAUAGAAAAGAUGCAGUUACGAGUUCUUGCUAUUAGCGAAACCUCACGAAGAAAGGGGAAAAAGAAGAAGGAUCACUCAAAGGAUUCAGCUCGGGAUAUAACAUUUUCAUCCUCUUGUUUAUUGCUUCAAUGCUAUCUCUUGCUAUCAGAGGGACUCUCAAUGAUGCUAGCUGUUCUCAGAAACGAAAGUAGGUCAUUCCAAUUACCAAGUAUCUUUAACACUGAACAAGAGAGAUUCAUGCAGCACUUUGAUCUUCUUCUGAAAGCUCGAGUCCCUGAGCACAUUUCCUUCUAUAGUUUUAAGGAAUCAUCUUCCCGGGCAGGCAUAUCGGAUUUGGUGAAAUACAACUUCUUCAAGGAAAUUCAGAAGAUAGCCCCCUCUCUAAGGGGCAGUUUCGCAAGUGAAUCAGAAAAACUUGCCGAGGUCCGUCGUAUAGAGCAGGUAGCUGAGCACAACAGGAUAGCCCUAAAUAUUAUCAACCAAGUUGGAGCUGGCGAUCCAUCUCUGAGGGUCUCGUUUGAGUUUACACACCACCCUCACUUUGCAGUGGCAGUUGUGAAGAGAUCAUGAUUCAAGUAUGGCAUCAUGUGCCAAUUCUUUACCCCUCAUCUUGAUAGUUAUAGCAGAAAAAUCUUGUUCACGUGUUGCUCACAUGUUCAUUGGUUCUUCAGAGCGCAACACCAUGUGUUUUAGGUUGUACACAAACACCAUGUAGCAAUUUUGUAGGCAAGGAAAAUCAGAUGCCGGGAAAAAGCCCUCGCCCCUGGCAUUAUUUUGUAAGCAAAUUUUGAGUUCACUUACUAUGCGAAACAUAAUUAUACAGAUGUGUAAUUUUUGUGAUCAUUCGUCACUGACGAAUUUACUUCAAUGGGUUUGACUGGUAUGACAGGGUCGA